AUGGCUUCGCACACAGCUUCCCAACGGUAUCUCAGCACUCGUGGAGGAUCCUAUGAUCUCUCCUUCGAAGAAGUUGUCUUGAAAGGCCUUGCAUCAGAUGGCGGUCUCUUUAUACCUGAAGAAAUACCCUCGCUGCCGCACGACUGGGUUACAAGGUGGAAAGAUUUCUCCUUCGAGGAGCUAGCCUACGAAAUCUUCUCCCUCUAUAUCUCUCCCUCCGAGAUACCAGAACAAGACCUCCGGGACAUCAUCAAGCGCAGCUAUUCCACGUUCCGCGCGCAAGACAUCACACCCAUCGUCACGCUAGACAAGGAGCGCAACAUCCACCUCCUCGAGCUCUUCCACGGCCCAACCUUCGCCUUCAAGGAUGUGGCGCUACAAUUCCUGGGCAACCUCUUCGAAUACUUCCUCGUCAGGCGCAACGAGGGCAAGCGAGGGGCGGAGCGAGAACACCUCACAGUAAUUGGCGCAACAAGCGGAGAUACAGGCUCAGCAGCCAUAUACGGACUGCGAGGGAAGAAGGAUGUGUCAGUCUUCAUCAUGCACCCGUCGGGUAAGAUCAGUCCGAUACAAGAGGCACAGAUGACGACGGUCCUGGACGCAAACGUGCACAACAUCGCCGUGGACGGCACGUUCGACGACUGCCAGGACUUCGUCAAGGCUCUGUUUGCAGACCCCGAGAUCAACAAGACACACCGGCUGGCGGCGGUGAACUCGAUAAACUGGGCACGCAUACUGGCGCAAAUCACGUACUACUUCGCCUCGUACUUCGCGCUCACCAAGUCGCCGUCGUUUAAGUCCGGCGCCGCGAUCCGCUUCGUCGUCCCUACAGGUAACUUCGGCGACAUCCUCGCCGGCUACUUCGCGAAGCGCAUGGGAUUGCCAGCGGAGAAGCUCGUCAUCGCGACCAACGAGAACGACAUCCUGCACCGAUUCUGGCGCUCAGGCCACUACGAGAAGCACCCCGUGCACGGCCGAGAAGCUGAGGGUGGCAUCGUGGAAGAUGGCGUCAAAGCGCACGAAGAAGGCGUCAAGGAAACACUCUCGCCCGCCAUGGACAUCCUCGUCAGCAGCAACUUCGAGCGGCUUCUCUGGUACCUCGCCUACCGCAUCCAAGGCUCCUGCAGCUCCGAGUCAGAGCGACGAAAAGCCGCAGGCGAGAAAGUGCGCGGCUGGCUACAAGCACUAAAGAGCGAAGGCGGCUUCGGCGUUGAAGCCGCGAUCCUAGACGCCGCGAACGAGGAUUUCGAGAGCGAGCGCGUCAGCGAUGAAGAAUGUCUCGCCACCAUCAAAGAAACCUAUAACUCCUCCUCCUCCCAGCCCUCUGCUGCUGCAGAGACAAACGGCACAUCCGGCACGCGCUCCCGCACCGGCGCCUACAUCCUCGACCCACACUCCGCGAUCGGCAUCGCCGCCGCCUACCGUUCCGCACAGCGGGCUCCUCCCCCACACACCCACCACAUCGCGCUCGCGACAGCGCAUCCGGCCAAGUUUUCUAGGGCUGUCGAGAUGGCGCUGCAGGGCCAGGACGGGUUUGAGUUCAGGACUGUGCUGCCGGAGCAGUUUGAGGGCCUCGAGGAUAAGCCGAGGCGCAUCACGCAUGCGAGGAUGGAGGAUGGGUGGGAGGGGGUGAGGAGGAUUGUGGUGGCGGAGGUGAGGGCGGAGAGGGAGGCUGCUGCGAAGGAGGAGAAUGGGGCGGCGAAGUAG